CGACGAUUGGGAAAGCGCCGCCGCCGCCGCGCCACACCACGCCAGGUGGCGAGUUCUUCGUAGCGCCGUUCGCCAGGUCUCCGUAGCGCCCUUAGCCGUCCGCGAGAACCCUCAAAGGCAUUUGCAUUAUGGUUGCAGCGUAGGUGGGGAGCCAUUAGAAGGAGGGGCAACAAGAGUUGCUGGGCAUGGCGGCUCAGGAGGCCGCGGCAGCUGAUUCUUUGGGCCCUCGGUUUGCUCCGGAUGACCCGACGCUCCCUGCGCCUUGGAAAGGGCUGAUUGAUGGCGCGACGCUGUACUAUUGGAAUCCUGAGACGAAUGUCACCCAGUAUGAGAAGCCGGCUGCAACUGCAGGUGUGCCCCCUUUGUCAGCAGGUCUUCCGCCGGCAACCCCUGCGCAGGUUCCGGAAUCUGCACCAGUGGCUUUUCCGCAGCUUAACGUGCAGUUUGGACAAGCUGGCCAGGCAGGGCACCAGGAGCGUCCUGACCAGGCAGCUUAUCCUCAGGCUGGCCAGCUUGGCCAGCAGCACACUCAACAGCCAGCUCAGCAGCAACCGUUUCAGCAGCAGCAACCGUUUCAGCAGCAUGUCCAGGCGCAACACCAAGCUUCGUUUCAGCAUGUGCCAUAUCAGCAACAGCAAACACACAUGCCAAAUCAGCCACAUCAAUACCACAGCACGCAUCCUCAACACAUGCCGUACCAGCAUGGUCUUUACAUGCAACCUCAGCAGCAACAGCAGGCUCCACCAUAUUCAUAUCAGGCAGACCAGCAGCCACAGAUGCGACAAACUGCUUAUAAUCAAGCUCAGCAGCCAUCAGUGCCUCAAGCUGCCUACAAUCAAAGUCAGAGUCAGCAGCCACCAAUGCCUCAAUCUUCCUACGAUCAAGGUCAGAGUCAGCAGCCACCAAUGCCGCAACCUUCCUACAAUCAAGGUCAAGUUCAGCAGCCACCGAUGCCACAACCUUCUUACAAUCAAGGUCAGCAAUCCAUGAUACCACAGUCUGCCUACAAUCAAGCUCAGCAGCCUCAAAUUCCACAUGGUGCUUAUAAUCAAAGCCAGCAACCGCUGGGAGAUAGGAUUCCCCAGGGUCAAGGGCAACAUCCUCAACAAUCUUUGAGCUCUCAUCAUCCUGCCCAAGCUUCGCAGUCGCCGCAAGUUUCCCAACCUCAAGGACCUAAAAUGCCGACUCAACAAGGUCAACUGCAACAUGGAUUGCCGUUCACUCAGCAUGGAAAAACGCCAUUGUCACAUGGGCAACAAAGUCCUUUGUUGAAGGAUGAUGAUGGAGGAGUUCAUGAAGGCAAGCGGACUGGCUUUCCGUUACCACUUAGUCAGCAGCGUGGCCAAGCUCCUCUUCCAAAUCAGCAGCUACCUUCUACUCAUCAACAUCCUGGAGCCCUUAGUAGCCAGCCAAAUAUACCUGGAGUCGGUGGGCCAUUUUAUCCUGCCAGGAAUCUUCCUGAUGGACCAUCCUCUGCUGAGACUAAUAACAUGGGUUUUAUGAACUCACCUGCUCAAAUGCAUCAAGGUGGAGCAGAUACAAACUACCAGAAAAAACCAGUUAGUGGCCAUACAGUUCCAAAUCAUGUUGGUCCAUCACCAAUUCGACCUCCAAUGGGGUUCGAUAUGGGUAAUAGUGUUGGACACUUUGAAAGAGAUGACCCUCACUCUUAUGGAAGGUUUGAUGGAGCAAAGGCUCUCCAGCAGCAGCCAAAGCUUGCUGCUCUCCCAACUUCACAAAAUUCCAUGGUCAUGCAUAAUGGACCGCUUUAUCCUCGGCCAGACAAUUUUGGUGGUCAUAACAUGGCACCUCCGCAUUCAGUACCAAAUCCAUAUAAUCUUGGUCCAUUGCCUAUUGGAACUUCAGUGAGGCCACCGUCAAGUAUGUUUGCUCCUCCAGAUUUUCCAAGCGUAUCUUCAGCUGAUGCAUACCGUCAACACCAUGAAGUCACUGCCAUGGGUGAGAACGUUCCUGCUCCGUUUAUGACAUUUGAGGCCACUGGAUUCCCUCCAGAGAUUCUGAGAGAGAUCCAUGCAGCUGGUUUUUCAAAUCCCACUCCAAUUCAAGCUCAAACAUGGCCUGUUGCGCUGCAAAACCGGGACAUAGUAGCUAUUGCUAAGACAGGGUCUGGAAAGACGCUGGGGUACCUAAUCCCUGCUUUUAUACAUCUGAGGAGAUGCCACAAUAAUCCGAUGCUGGGCCCUACAGUAUUGGUUUUGGCCCCUACUCGCGAACUUGCUUCACAAAUACAAGCCGAAGUAGUUAAGUUUGGUCAAUCAUCUAGAGUUUCUUGCACAUGCCUAUAUGGUGGAACUUCAAAGGUCCCUCAGCUAAGAGAACUUGAGCGUGGAGCAGAUAUUGUGGUAGCAACACCAGGGCGUCUUAAUGAUAUCCUGGAGAUGAAGAGGAUUAACCUCCAUCAGGUUUCAUUACUUGUGCUUGAUGAAGCAGACCGCAUGCUUGACAUGGGGUUUGAACCGCAAAUACGGAAGAUUGUGGAUGAGCUUCCUAAUGCUAGGCAGACUCUAAUGUACACUGCCACUUGGCCAAAGGAGGUUACAAAAAUAGCUGGGGAUUUACUGAGAGAUCCUGUCCAGGUGAACAUUGGCAGUAUCGAUGAACUUGUUGCUAACAAAUCCAUCACUCAGUAUGUAGAGGUGGUUCCACCUAUGGACAAGCAGCGGCGUCUAGAGCAGAUUCUUGGAGAUCAAGAAAGGGGCUCAAAAAUCAUCAUAUUUUGCUCAACUAAGAAAAUGUGCGAUCAGCUUGCUCGUGGCAUUGGUCGCAACUUUAAUGCUGUAAGCAUUCAUGGUGAUAAAUCACAGGCCGAAAGAGAUAAUGUUCUCAAUCAGUUUCGAACUGGCAGGGCUUCAGUAUUAGUAGCCACAGAUGUUGCUGCUCGUGGACUUGAUAUCAAAGAUAUUAGAGUGGUAAUCAAUUAUGACUUUCCAACUGGGAUAGAGGACUAUGUGCAUCGCAUAGGGCGUACAGGAAGAGCUGGCGCUACUGGAGUCUCGUACACAUUUUUCUCAGAACAAGAUUGGAAAUAUGCUUGUGAUUUGGUGAAACUCUUGCAAGGUGCCAACCAGCUUGUCCCUCCGCAGCUGCAAGACAUGGCUGCACGCAGUGCUUCUGGAGGUCCAAGAAACCAGGCUUCUGGGAUGAGUCGCUGGGAUGGGCCUGGUGGUCGUGGUUUUGAACCUGGUGUUGGUGGCCCUGUUGGUUAUGGUGGUGUUAGGGAGGGUCCUGGAGGUUUUGGUGGUCGUGAGGGCCCAGGUGGACUUGGUGUUCGAGAAAGCCCAGCCAUGUUUGGUGGCCCCGGUGGCUUCGGUGAUCGGGAAGGCCCCGGUGGCUUCAGUGGCCAUGAGGGCCAUGGUGGCUUUGGUGGCCGGGAACGGGAGGGUCCUGGUGGCUUUGUUGGCAGAAAGGGCCCAGGUGGUUUUGGUGGACGGGAUGGCCCUGGGUCAAGUGGUUUCGGUGGUAGAGGACAGCGUGGAUCUGGUGGUUUUGGCAGUAGAGGUGGAGCAAGCCCUGGGGGCUUUGGUGGACGUGGUGGCAGGGGCGAUUCUCCUGGUUUUGGUGGACGCGGCAGGGGUGAUUUUUCCGGUUUUGGUGGACGAGGUAGGGGAGAUUUUUCUGGUGGGCGCGGUGGCAGGGGCCGUGGAUUUGGUGGCAGGGGACGUUCUGACCGGUUUGUCUCAGAUGGACGGGGACGAUAUGAUAACCGUCGAGGAUUUGGAGACAAGGGUAGGGAUCGGAGCUACAGCCGCAGCCCGGAUAGAGUCCGGGCACGGGGUUAUGACAGAAGAAGUGACAGCAGGAGCAUUAGUAGGAGCAGGAGUCGCAGCAGGAGCUGGUCACGCAGCAGAAGCCGCAGCAGGAGCUGGAGCCGAAGCAGCAGCCGGAGUCACAGCAGGAGCAGGAGUCGUGACCAUGGGGCAGCACCGGAGCGCAGGCCCCGAGCAAGAUCCGGCUUCGAUGUGCUGCCUCCUGCAACUGGAGCUGCUGGACCUGCACCUGUUCCCGUACCUGGACCAGCAGCACCGCCUGUUCCUGCUCCGGCACCUGAACAAUCACUGGCUAAUACAUCUUCAAUGUCACCGAUGUCUCCUGGUGGCCUAGUCCAGCCAGCUGCUGCACCUGCUGGUGGCCAACCUUCCCAAGGGACUGGCGCUGCAUUCCCCAGUUCUCCUGCAGGCGAAACGUUUCCAGGCGCAGCAGCUCAGCAUCCCGCGCCUGAUGUAUAAUGAGUCGGACGACAUCCAGUGCCCUAAAUAUGUAAUCCGGUGUACAAUAGGAGAAAUGAGUUUCCGGGUAGUAGUUUAUAUGGCAAAAAAAUCGGCUUUUCCGCAAUUUUCUGAUCUCGUGGUGAAUUGACGUAUGGAUGUUGUGUGUUUUUGUGCUGAAUUCAAGAAAAAGUU